AUGAAGAUAAUUAUUAAAGAUGAGACUGAAGACAUGAAGAUUGAAGAAACAUUCAGAGUGAAACAUGAAGAUACUGAGGAACAAACAGACCUGAUGGCACUGAAAGAGGCGAGUCAUGAACUUAAUGAAAGGAAAGAGGAGAAAGAACAUUACGAUAAACAUCAUGAUUUCAUGAUUGGAGAAAGAUUGACACAGGCUAAAAAGUCUUCCUUACAAAAAAGAGCUCAAAAGACAAGAACUAAAAGUUAUUUCACCUGCCAACAGUGUGGAAAGAGUUUUGACCAACAUAGAAACCUUCAAGUCCACUUGAGAGUUCACACUAGAGAGAGCCCCUUCACUUGCCAACAGUGUGGAAAGAGUUUCACAUGUGAAGGACACCUUAAAGUCCACAUGAGAGUUCACACUGGAGAAAAGCCUUACACCUGCAAACAAUGUGGAAAGAGUUUUACUGUAAAAGGAAACCUUAGAGCCCACAUGAGAAUUCACACUGGAGAAAAGCCUCACACCUGCAAACAAUGUGGAAAGAGCUUCAGUCAAAAUGUAAGCCUUAAAAUUCACAUGAGAAUUCACACUGGAGAAAAGCCUCACACCUGCAAACAAUGUGGAAAGAGUUUCAGUCAAAAAGGAAGCCUUAAAAUCCACAUGCGAAUUCACACUAGAGAAAAGCCUCACACCUGUCAAGAGUGUGGAAAGAGUUUCACUGUAAAAGGAAGUCUUAUAAACCACAUGAGAACUCACACUAGAGAAAAGCCUUACACCUGUCAAGAGUGUGGACACAGUUUCAUUGCAAAAGGAAAUCUUAUAGUCCACAUGAGAAUUCACACUGGAGAGAGUUCAUUCACCUGUGAACAGUGUGGACAGAGUUUCACACAGAAAGGAAACCUUAAAGUCCACAUGAGAACUCACACUGGAGAAAAGCCUUACACCUGCACUCUGUGCGGGAAUGGCUUCACACAGGAACAAGGCCUUAGGAAACACAUGAAUAUUCACACUGGAGAGAAGCUAUUUACAUGUGAUCAGUGUGAAAAAAGUUUCAGAUUUACAGGUGACCUUAAGUGCCAUAUGAGGAUUCACUCGAAAGAGAACUCUUUUAGAAGUCGUCACUGUGGAAAGAGCAGAGGUGUAAAGAGUAUCUGAAAACCACACUUGAGUAAAAGUACAUAUACCUGACAGCAAAAAUGACUCCCAUUACAAGUUAAAAGGGAUAUUCCAAUACAACUUGAGUAAAAAUCUUGAGCAUCUGUUUUUUGAUCUUAAUUUUUUUUUCAUCUGUAUUUUACUCAUGUUAAAUGUAGGCUCAAAGACUAGUCCUCGACACCUGAGAGAAAUGCCAGUAAAAAUAAACAAUUGAUUUGAUUCAUGAGAAAUGUUUAUUUUCUAAAAUUAAAAUAAAACUGAACACCUCAACAUUGCAAUAAAUCAAGGUUGACACAACAGGCACGAUUCGUCAACAGAAAAUACGUGUCCUCUACCCUCUUGAUGGAGGUCAAUGCAACUAGGAGUACUUUCUUAAGGGUCUUUCUUAAAGACUCCUCGUCCUCCCUGACCUUGCACAGAAGCUGUGUGAGUAGGCUCACUGGGGGAAAUGCAAACUUGCAUAGACCCCGGGGCUAGCUGUGAGCCAGUGCAUCCGUGCCAAGAGUGCCCUUGGUCAGGGAGUAAAACAACUGGCAAUGGGCUGUGUCCGGGGGGCAAACAGAUCUAUCUGAGCAGUCUAAACCACUGCCAAAUCAGUUUGACCACCUGGGGAUGGAAUCUUCAUUCUCCUGGAAGUGGAGGCUGCUGUGAGAGCUCGUCGGCUGCACUGUUGAGCGCACCUGGGAUGUGAAUGGUACAAUACAACCUCAGAUACUUCUGUCUCCAAAAGAGAAAAUCGCGGGCAAGUUGUGACAUGCGACGGGAGCAUAGACCGUCCGGGUGGUUGAUUUAUGCAACAGUUGCAGUGCUGUCAGAACGGACCAGUACAUUCUUGAGUUAACAGCUCUUUUUGUGAGGUUGUGGGCUGUAUUCCUCUCCUUCAGGUCGCCCAUCUCAGGUCCACCUGGCUCGGCUGCGGGCGGCGCACCGCAUCCUGCUGUCUGCCGGGUGGAGGCUGCUGCUUUGCAGUCUUAACAGGGGCGGAGGACAGUGCAUACAGGUGCCCUCGGUGAUGAGCAGGCGGAGUUACUGCAGGGCAGGAUGUGCUUAAUAGCCUCUGUCUGCUUCUGCACAGUCAAGAGCUUUACCCAGCAGCACUCGACCAUGCAGAAGCAGACAUCAGCGAAUAGGCCGACCUGUGAUACGGGGGACUCCAGGAACUGAUAUUUAUCGGUCUCCUUCAUGUCUGCCAGUUUCAAAAGUGGCCUUUGCUUGACCAACUAAAAGUGUCAUCACCUUAGUCACCUGGAGAGCGAGGUUGGUGGCGGUGCUCAGCUCCCCCAGAAGCUGUUUAUCAAGACUAUCCUGGGGCAUUUCCAUGAGCGUCUUGGCUUGAUAGACCUGAAGCAGCGCCAUGGCAUGCAGGGCAGAGGCUGCCUGUCCACAGGUUCUGUAAGCUUUCUCCGUCAGGUUAAAUGAGAAUUUAUAGGCCUGGGAUGGGAGACACGGUUCACCCCUCCAGCCGGCGACUGUCGGACACAAUUGCAUUGCGACAGUGCGCUCAACUACGUACCCCUUAGCCGCCCCGCCAUCCAAGGUGGUGAAGGCAGAGGAGGAACCAGACCGGGUUCGGACGCCAUAAGGCAUCUUCCAUGAUCUAGUCACCACCUUAUGCACCUCCGGAAAGAAAGGUAUCAGGGCGGGAUGCUGAGGACCAGCGCAAGUCGCCCCGAGAAACCAAUCGUCCUGCCAAGAGGUCUCAGGUCACGGUGGAGGGUUCCACUCAAGCCUGACUGUCGGCCCGGGCAGGCAUAGCUGUCAGCUCUGGAUCAGACUGGGUCCCAGAGGGAGGCAACGCAGCCGAGUCUUCCUCUCCAGAGGACUCUGGCUCACCUUCCUAUGCCGUGAUCGACAUCUGUUCAUCAACAGGUGCACCGAAGGAAACAACUGGUCACUCCACAGAGAGACCAGUGUGAUCCUCCAGCAGCACCACUGGCUGCUGUGUGGGGUUUAGGGGCCCACGGAGAAGUUCUAGGCGGGCAAGCCCUAAAAGUAAUCCUCAGGUCACCAUGCCUACACACUGCACUUCCUGGCGUGAACUAGAAAAAAACAGCAGAAUAGGGCAUAGGGGAGGGGGCUCCCGCCCCCUGAGAACCAAGGAACGAGAAUCUAGACCUCAACACUGAGAUAGUCAUAUUCACACAAUGCAAAUAUGAACUAUCCACAAAAGCAUGCUGAAUGCCAAGGCAUGUGAUGCAGCGAUUGUGACAGUCAGCAGGGAACAGGGAAUGACUGCAUCCAAUAAUGCACAGACAGAAUGACAUCUUGAAAAAUAAGCAGUGUCCGUCUGUGAAACUAUUUUAGAAGGGAAAAGAUAGCUCUUUAUGUUGUGCUGAAGCACACAGAGGAUCAACUGCGGUGUGACUGAAGUACACACUGAUCGCCUACAGUCAACACACACACAGAGAGGAACCGGCCCAAAUCACAAACCAACCAAAACAAAAACGGCUUGCUGUGAAAACAGCAGAUUAGAGCUCUGUAAAGCUCAUGGGCGCCAUUGUAAAGUGCUUUAACACACUUUACUUGUGUAGUGAAUUUUGCCCCAUUCACCGGUGACGUAGUGAUUUUUGAUCAUGUGUCACUUAAGGUGUGGUUAUGAGUGUAUCAGAUGACCCCUCCCUCCUUUGUAAUAUGGGGCACCAGUUAAGAAUAAUAUCUUAACAAUUUAAGAACACUCCAAAAGAGCUGUUCAAUAAUUCCGAUUUAAAAUGGAGGGAGUCGGUCAACUAGUAGAGUCUUUGAUCAUCAACACAAGGAAGACAUAGUUAUAAUAAAAUCAAUGAAAUUUAUUAACAAUAGACAUGUAAGAGUAAAUACCACAACGAUUAAUAAUGAAAUAAUGAGUAUGCACUUCUAAAUGAUAAAAUAAUAAUCAAAGCAGAAUAUUGAAUUAAAUCAAAGAAACAAAUAAAUGAAGUGAACACAGAAUGGAUAAAUGCAAUGCUGUUGGACAAUGUAGGAUGGAAGAGAAUCGUAUGGGAAUGCUUCUUAUGGAAGCCACCUAAUGGCCCUGGUAAAAUGGUGAUAAAUAAUUGCUUAUUUAUCAUUCAACAAAUAAUAUCCCUAUUA